AGAACGGUUACGGGAAUUGCGAAUCGAGAAGCGACAGAGCGACGUCACCGCCGCCGUCACCGUUAACAAAAAGUGUCAACCGUCUACUGGCAGCGCUUCAAUUCAGCGUGCGCCGCUUAACGGUAACGGUCCUGCGACGCGAUCGCUCAGCCCUUUCAGUAUUUCGCGAUUUUUUUUCAAUUCGAAAAGACUUUCCGUCCAAAAACAAACAAAAAAAACCCAACAAGCGCUAGCAUUCGAGUGUUUUUUUUUCAUCCAUUUUUGAUCGUAGUCCGUCACCCCGACGAGCAUGUCGCCGAAUCGAUGGAUCCUGCUGCUCAUCUUCUACAUAUCCUACCUGAUGUUCGGGGCGGCAAUCUAUUACCACAUUGAGCACGGCGAGGAGAAGAUAUCGCGCACCGAGGAGCGCAAGGAGCAAAUUGCAAUCAACGAAUAUCUUCUGGAGGAACUGGUUGACAAGAACGCGAGCACCCAGAACGAGAUUCUCGAGCGGAUCUCGGAUUAUUGUGGAAAGCCGGUUACGAAUCCGCCGGCGCACGAUGAUACGCCCUACACGUGGACCUUCUACCACGCCUUCUUCUUCGCCUUCACCGUCUGUUCGACGGUGGGAUAUGGCAACAUAUCGCCAACGACCUUCGCCGGACGGAUGAUCAUGAUCGCGUACUCGGUGAUUGGAAUCCCCGUCAACGGAAUCCUUUUCGCCGGCCUGGGCGAGUACUUUGGCCGUACGUUUGAAGCUAUUUACAGGCGAUACAAAAAGUACAAGAUGUCGACGGAUAUGCACUAUGUGCCACCUCAACUGGGACUAAUCACCACGGUGGUGAUUGCCCUGAUUCCGGGCAUAGCCCUGUUCCUGCUGCUGCCCUCGUGGGUGUUCACCUACUUUGAGGACUGGCCCUACUCCAUCUCGCUUUACUACAGCUAUGUGACGACGACCACAAUAGGCUUUGGCGACUAUGUGCCCACCUUUGGAGCCAACCAGCCUCGGGAGUUUGGCGGCUGGUUCGUGGUCUAUCAGAUCUUUGUGAUUGUGUGGUUCAUCUUCUCCCUGGGCUACCUGGUCAUGAUCAUGACUUUUAUUACCCGGGGCCUGCAGAGCAAGAAGCUGGCGCACCUGGAGCAGCAGUUGUCCUCCAACCUGAAGGCCACUCAAAAUCGCAUCUGGACAGGUGUCACCAAGGAUGUGGGCUACCUCAGGCGAAUGCUGAACGAGCUCUACAUCCUCAAAGUGAAGUUUUGUCGAAAGAGAAAUAGAAAGAAGCCGAAGAAUAAGGCUAAGGCUGAGCAGAAAAAGAAGAGCAGCAGAAAUAUCGCCUACACACUGCCCCGUUCCAACUCGUGUCCGGAUCUCAGUAUGUACCGCGUGGAGCCGGCUCCCAUCCCCAGCCGGAAGAGGGCCUUCUCCGUGUGCGCGGACCUGGCUGCGGCCCAAAGGGACGCCGGCAUCCUGGUGCACGCCAGUUCGGACACCGAGCUGAGCAAACUGGACCGCGAGAAGACAUUCGAGACGGCGGAGGCGUACCGCCAGACCACCGAUCUGCUGGCCAAGGUGGUCAGUGCCCUGGCCACGGUGAAGCCACCGCCGGCGGCGGAGCAGGAGGAUGCGGCCCUGUACGGCGGUUACCAUGGCUUCUCCGACUCGCAGAUCCUGGCCAGCGAAUGGUCCUUCUCGACGGUGAACGAGUUCACCACACCGCGCCGACCUCGGGCACGUGCCUGCUCCGAUUUCAACCUGGAAGCGCCCCGCUGGCAGAGCGAGAGGCCACUGCGCCCCAGCCACAACGAAUGGACGUGGAGCGGCGACAACCAGCAGAUCCAGGAGGCCUUCAACCAGCGCUACAAGGGCCAGCAGCGGGCCAACGGCGCCAAUUCGACCAUGGUCCAUCUGGAGCCGGAUGCCCUGGAGGAGCAGCUGAAGAAACCGUCGCCGGGUGCGGGGCGCGUCAAGAAGUUCUCUAUGCCGGAUGGCCUGCGCCGCCUGUUUCCGUUCCAGAAGAAAAGACCUUCGCAGGAUCUGGAACGGAAGUUGUCGGUGGUUUCGGUGCCCGAAGGUGUCAUCUCACAGCAGGGCAGAUCUCCCUUGGAUUACUACCGCAACACGGUCACCGCGGCCUCCAGUCAGUUCUAUCUGGGCAACGGGCGUGGUCCGCCACCGCCCUUCGAAUCGAAUGGCAGCUUGGCCAGCGGCGGGUUGACCAACCUGGGCUUCCAGCUGGAGGAUGGGGCAACUCCGCCGUCGGGAUUGGGCGGGGGAGCCUAUCAACGCAAGGUGGCGGCCGGAAAGCGACGUCGCGAGAGCAUCUACACGCAGAAUCCGGCGCCAUCCGCCCGCCGGGGUAGCAUGUACCCGCCCACCGCCCACGCCCUGGCCCAGAUGCAGAUGCGCCGCGGCAGUCUGGCCACCAGUGGCUCCGGAUCGGCGGCCAUGGCAGCGGUGGCCGCCCGUCGGGGCAGCCUCUUCCCGGCCACCGCAUCGCCUUCCUCGUUGGCCUCUGCUCCGCGUCGCAGCAGCAUAUUCUCGGUGACCUCCGACAAGGACAUGAAUGUGCUGGAGCAGACGACCAUUGCAGAUCUGAUCCGCGCCCUGGAGGUGGUGCAUACCCAUGCCGUCCUGGACGAACAGCAACAGGCGGCGGCGGCGGCAGGAGGAGCUUCAUCGAAGGGUAGCCGGAAGCAGCGCAAGAUGGGCAAUGCGGGACUGGAUCCGCCGCAGCUGCCGCCGAUCCUAUCGCUCUUUGCGGGCGAUCAAACGAGGACACUGCAGGCGGCGGCCGCCAAUCGGUUGUACGCCCGACGCUCCACAAUUGUGGGCAUUUCGCCCACCGGAGGAGCAGCAGCCGGACCCACGGCCAGAUCCCUGCUGGAGCCCCCGCCUAGCUACACCGAAAGAGCCGGAAGUCAGAGCCAACUUACUGCUGGAAAUUCCCUUUCCGUUGCCGGUCCAUCGAAUGCCGCCACUUCUGGCCAGAGUAAGUUCCGCCGUCGGUUCAGCGUUCGACCGACUGCUCUGCAGAUCCCACCUGGACAGGCGCCACCGCCAGGUGCCAACUUGGCGGAGCAGUCGGCGUUGCAGCGACGCCUGUCGCUGCGUCCAUCGCCAUUGGCCCGGGAACUAUCGCCCACUUCACCGCCCGGCGGCAGUGGAAGUGCCCCGGGAGCGGGGGCCAACGAGGAGUCCGGAGGAACGUCCGCCCAACGGCUGCUGCCCCUGCCCGCCGGCACGAGACCCAGCACCAGCAGCACCCACUCGCCGCUCUCGAGGAUCGUGCAGAUCUCGCAGGCGCAGCGCAAGAGCAGCAUGCCCAGCACAGCGGCGGGAUCGAGUGGAAGUGGUGGCUCCACUGGCGAGAAGUAGUUAGUAAUCGGUAGUCCGUAAUCCAUAAGCUGUUUCGCCAACUCGUAUAUGUCCAUGGCCAACGGGAUUACUUCACCAACUGUUUUGUGUCCCACAUAUUCGAUAAGGCUGCCAAAAGUCCCUAGUUGUUAUGCUAAUAUUACCCGUAACAUAUUUACAAAUAUCCAGUUAUCCUAGUGUUAUGUAUUUUUAAAACUAUCUCUCUCUAUUGUUAUCCUGUAUUUAUAUACCAAUCUGUAUCUGUAUCUAUAUCUAUAUGAUAAUCUAUCUACAUUCCUCUAUGUAUAUUGCUAAGAAUGGGCUUAUAUGAACAAAACAAUCCACAUGUUUUCAAGCAUCCAAUUGGGACCAAAGAAGGAUCUCGAUUCGUUUGUAAUUUCAUUUAGCUCUUAGAGUGACUUCAUUCGCCAAACGUUUCACAUGCUGUUAUACAAUAAAGAUAAUCUGCAAAUAUA